AUGACGUUCACCCGUCAAUCUUUUUUUUACAAAGUGCAUCGUGAAGAUCUUAGCAAAACUUUGUUCAUCUUUGUCGCUACUUCUUCAUUUCAUCUAGGGUCUUCCCGUUUCUCACACUGCAAUGCUCUUACGCUCAUGCACCUCGAGAACCGACGGGCGGGCGUUCUCUGCAUAUGCAGGUUUUUGCUUUCUCGAGUCCGAUUUCUUACGCGUUUUAGUUUCGUAAUUGACUCGAGACGCGUAAAGCCAAAAUACAUGGUUACCCAGCCCGUCACGAGGCCAUGUCCUUUUUCCUGCCUCGCCCUUCGCUUGUUCUAUUUAAGCUUGAUAUUGGUCGAAAUGGCGCUGGAGAAAGCAAACCCAUAUUCAAACGCUCAAGGUUUGAAACGAAGCACACUGAAAGCACGGAGCGUUGCAACUACUUUUGGAUUAAAAUCUUAUUUUCGCUCGGCUAGAAAGACAUUGUUGUCCAACGCGUUAUUUUGA